AUGUUCAUGGUGAAUGCUUUGCCAGCAUCAACAAACAUACCAGCAACGAAUCCACCGCCAGAAGCGACAAGUCAACCACCAACGAAUUCACUGCCAAAAACGACAUACUUACCACCAACUAAUUCACUCCUACACACACCGUCAGUAAUUCGUCAGCAAAUAAUAAAGCAACCGAUACUACUUUGCCAUCUACUUCUUCAGCAGGAGCAUCGAUUUAUUGGUCUUUCGUAG